CGCGAGGGGCGGAGCUUCAGCGCGGCAGGCGGCCUGGGGCGUGUGUGGAGCACCCGGCGGCGGAAACCCGCGCUUAGAGCGGGGUCAGAGGUGGGCGGCAGCAAGUAUGCAGGCGGCGGACGGCCACCGUCGGCGUGCUCGCGGUUUCCCCAGUGGUAGCGACACAGAGACAGCUGCUUCCGGUGGAAUCCAGCAGGUCGCGCCGGCAGCACACGUUCCAGUUCCGGGCGGAGAAGUAGCGACUGCAGGCUCACGGCCGGGAAUGCGGACACAUUUCUUCACUCUCAGUGUGCCCUUCCCGACCCGUUUGGAAGCAGAAAUCGCCCUAGAGUCCCUGGCUCCAGAUGCCGAACCCCACCACGAAGCAAUUGGAAAAGAUCUGGCAGUGAGCGGCACCAUGCUGGCAGUCCGUUGGACUGCAAAAGAUCCUCGCCUCCUCCGAGUGUCCAUUAUCAACUUUUUGGAGCAGCUUUCCCUAGUGGUGCGAACCCUGCGGCGCUUUGGGCCCCCAGUUUCCCGCUGACACAGAGUAACUAAAGGGCCUUAAAGACGCAGCUAAAGGCCUGUACCCUCCAAACAAUGCAUCUGGCCAGAGGGCAC